AUGCCCUCUUGGUCUGAGCGCGUGGAGUGCUUCUACUUCAACUGCAGCAGAGAGGAGAACGAGACGUGGAACGGGGACCCCUUGCACCCUCUAAAUUAUUACUCCAUCCCCCUGCUCACGGCCAUCACAGUGGCGUGCACACUUCUGUUUCUGGUCGGGGUGGUCGGCAACGUCAUGACCAUUCUGGUGGUAAGUAAGUACCGGGACAUGCACACCACCACCAAUCUGUACCUGUGCAGCAUGGCCGUGUCCGACCUGCUCAUCUUUCUGUGCAUGCCGCCGGACCUCUACCGCAUGUGGCGCUACAGACCCUGGCGCUUCGGGGACGCGCUCUGCAAGCUCUUUCAGUUCGUUUCCGAGUCUUGCACGUACUCCACCAUCCUGAGCAUCACCGCGCUGUCCGUCGAGCGCUACCUGGCCAUCUGCUUCCCGCUGCGGGCCAAGGCGCUGGUCACCAAGAGGCGAGUGCGCGCGCUCAUCCUGCUGCUCUGGAUCGUCUCCCUGACGAGCGCGGGGCCCGUGUUCGUGAUGGUCGGAGUGGAGCGGGACUACGUAUGGGGCGGGAGCAACGAGUCGAGCUUGGAGCGGGAGGAGAGCGCCGGGGACACACGGGAGUGUAAGAUGACGCACUACGCGGUGGAGUCGGGCCUGAUGGGCGCAAUGGUAUGGCUGAGCUCCGUCUUCUUCUUCAUGCCGGUUUUCUGCCUCACGGUGCUCUACGGCCUCAUCGGCCGCAGGCUGUGGCAGAGACACCGUGAGAACAUUAUGGGCUCCCGCGUGGCGCAUCGGGACAAGAGCAACAGGCAGACCAUCAAAAUGCUGGUGGUCGUCGUGUUUGCCUUCGUCCUGUGCUGGCUGCCCUUCCACGUGGGCCGCUAUCUCCAGUUCCGCUCCCUUGAUGCUCCGUCCCCGAUGCUGUCCGCUCUCUCGGAGUACUGCAGUCUCGUGUCCGUGGUGCUCUUCUACCUGAGCGCUGCAGUCAACCCCAUUCUGUACAACACCAUGUCGUGGAAAUACCGAUGUGCGGCAGUGCGCCUCUUCGGCCUGACCGAAGGGCCCCGACCGCGCGGACGCACCGCCAGCACCCUAAAAGGAGAGGGCUGCUCGCCAGGCUGGAGGGAGUCCACGGUUAGUCUCUAAAUGACUUUGAAGUUUCGGACAUGGACAUACAUUUUAAUCUCAGUGUUGAGACAAGAUAAUAAUUGACUUUGGGGAUGGUUGGAUGUCGAACUUUUCUGUUUCGGGAACAACGGUGGAUGCAUGGCUUCAGUUAUGACUCCCUAGUCCCUGAAUUACGACGCGCUCAAAGGAACACUGAACAUCGAUCCUUGGUUAUCAAUCCAAGUUAUUGCUCAAAGCAAGUGCCAUCUGCUACUCGUGCAUCAUAGUCUGUAUUCAUUAAACAACAAUAAACAUUCUAGCCUUCAGUGCGCACUGCGCAUGCAGAUCCAGUUAGGGCCUGGUGAUCCCAAAUCAGAACAACACGCCAAGCAGUAAACGCAGUUGAAGAAGCACCGCACACAUAUGUCGAACAUAACGAUCACUGUAAUUGCCUU